CAGGACUCUUUGCAAGGGUAGCUGGGGUAAAUUUGCACCAAGGUAGCAGCUGUAGUAGCCGCAGUUCCAUCUCCGAUUCCACGAUGUUGCCCUUGGCCAAAAACGCACUAAGCCGUCUCCAAGUUCGAAGCAUUCAGCAAGUGGUGGCAAGGCAGAGCCAUCAGAAGAGGACACCUAAUUUCCAUGAUAAAUAUGGAAAUGCUAUAUUAGCAGGUGGAGGCAUCUUCUGUAUAUCUACAUGGACAUAUACAGCCACACAAAUUGGAAUAGAAUGGAACCUGUCCCCUGUUGGCAGAGUCACCCCAAAGGAAUGGAGAGAUCAGUAGUCAUGUCAGCUGGUACAAUAAUCAAGGAAUUGUUUCCAAACUAACUCAUAAGUGAAUGCCAAGUCAAAGAAUCAUGUACUCAUUAAACUAUGGCAGACUGAAAAACUAAUAAAGAAAUAAAGUAUUUGAAACCUUCAAAAAAAAA